UCAUUCAUACAUUAAAUGUUUAAAUAAAGGCUCACCAUCGCCGCGCUGUUAACGACCUGCCCCACUACUGGUGCCAGUCCGGUGCCGAAGCGUUGUGGUCCUGAUUCAUUCAAUCUUGACCGUACUUUUGACCGCCUCUGCACCCUUUAUCGCUAGCUAAGCUACCGACGACCUAUCUACCGACUACCUACUACCUCGUGCGCCUCUGCCGUUCUACGUUCCACAACCUCACACAUCGCGAGCUCUUCACUUUUGCUUUUACACAUAGCAGCGUGCAGGGCAGCUGCAUUCUUGGUUCGCCAAUAUGGGUGUUGGAGAGACGAUCACCAUCAUUAACAAGUCAGGCAAGGUUGUCAAGAGCAGCCGACACAUUGUCGAUGUUUUCAAGGAGGCGCGCUCUGCCUACCGUGAACGUAAAGCUGAGAUUACCGCCGAGCGCAAAGCCGCCUAUGAAGAAAAGAAGCUCAGCGAGGGCAUCAAAGCCGUGCGCAUAGAAGAUAACGAUGAUACCCGCUCGCGCGCAUCGUCGCGACACUCCAAGCACUCGAAAGCCACCCACCGUUCCAAAUCCCACAGGCACCACCCCAGACCUCCAAUGGAGCGUGGCUACACGGAUAGCUUCUACGCAAACGAUGAUAUUCCCCACAAGAAGAGCAGUCGCAAACAUCGCUUCGAACAAGAUCUAGCAGGUGAUGCCAGAGAGGGACACCGCCAGGAGCUGCAGAGAAGGCACACCGCUGGGCCAGUGCAGCUUGCUACCCUCAAAACGGAGCGCUCUAAGUCGGUACAUGAUAUUGAUAUGGACCUCGCAUACGGCGAUAUUCCUCCUCCACUUCCCUCCCCGCGCUACGACGACGGUGAAUUGCGAGAGAAGGCCUCUAAGCUCACGGUCCUGCUUGAUGAAGCCAACUGCCUGCAGCAUUCCGUUACGACCAUGAUCGACUCUCUUCAGAAGAAUCCCGAUGCUCUUGCCGCAGUAGCAUUGACGCUUGCGGAGAUCAGCACAAUCGUUGGAAAGAUGGGCCCUGCCGUUCUCCCAGUUCUGAAGGGCAGCUUCCCCGCAGUUGCCGCGCUUCUCAUCAGCCCUCAAUUCAUGAUCGCUGCUGGUGUUGGCAUUGGUGUCACAAUCGUCGCUCUAGGAGGUUUCAAAAUUGUCAAGAAGAUUCAGGCUCAGAAGGAGGAGGAGAAGCCUAUUGCUAUGCCUGCAAACGGCGGGGAAGCUUACCAAUUGGACGAGUUGGAAACGAAGGAGCUGAGUCGCAUUGAGCUUUGGCGCCGAGGCAUCGCGGAUGUCGAAGAGCAAAGUGCAGGUACCACAGUUGACGGCGAAUUUAUCACCCCGGGCGCAUCCCGCCACCUAGUUGCCGCAGGAGUUCUCGACGAAGAAGACCUCAAGUCUCGACGAAGUGCCAGGCUUGAGCAGGAUCGCAAAUCACAUCGGGCCAAGUCCGUCAAGAGCGCAAAAUCAACCACAUCAAGACGCAGCCAUACUGUUAAGGAGGGCAGCACGAAAAGCAAGAAAAAGAAGGAACCGUCUGGACUGAGAAGCAUUUUCCGUUCACACACCAUGCAUUAGGUGCUUUCCCAUUUCUCACAUAGCGUUUGGCGUUUUCUUUUGCUUCCUUCACAACUGCAAACGUUCUCAUACCAGUUAGACCAACAAGGGUUGGCAACAACGUUGGCGUAAUUCACUUUCGAUAUCCUUCCUUGUAUUUGUUUUGCAUCAUUCAUUUUGGCGUUGCGAAGGCUUCCGGACAUUUUCUU